GUAACAUAGUAACACAAGGGGUAAAGUUGUGGAAGUUAGGGAAGGAAUUCGUUUUCAGAAAGGUCAUUAAUUAACUGGCUUGGUUACAGGGUGAGAAAAGGCCGAGACGCGCUUCCUGUUGGCUGUCUAACUUUUAGGAAUAUGAAACGGGAAAACUAGUAGACAUAAGAGAAGGUAAAAAAAACAAAAAACGUUAACGCUAUCCGGUGCCUGUCUGUUGCUUCUUUACUGAAUAUGGCAGGGACACGGACAAGAAGAGGGACUGGUUCGGAACAGUCUCGAACUGCGAGGGCAGCUGCUGUUGCUGAGCAGUUAAACCAUGAAUGCACCCUCUUAUUGGAACUGUAUAGAAAAAAGGAGACGUUCGCCGAGGAACUCACCAUCGGCGGGGACCGCCUGGUGACCGUGCCACCACUCUCCUCCCAGCUCUCGCCGAAUGACAUGUUGUGGCGCCUCUACUCCGCCCUGCAACAGUGCCGGAACCUCCUGGAGCAUGCCAUUGGCCGGGAAGAGGGGGUGGGAAACGACAGGAACAGGACCGAAUACGAGAGCCAGAAGAAAACAGUGAGGGACCGGCUGGGGCACCUGCUAGAGAGCACACGGCUCCUCCUGGCGGACGGAGCUGGAACUGCAGCCUUCACUGCUGAUCCGAAGAAUACUGAGAUAGAUGGUCCGGUGAACGGCAGCCCGUUUGCGCUAAAGCUCUGGAUCUACCGCAUCUUCAACGAGCUGGAGCACUGGACGCUCACCGCCUCCAAGACCCUGAAGGCCCUGCACCCCGACGGAGCCGCCCCCAAGGAGCGCGGAAUGAGGGGGAGGCCAAGAGGGAGGAGGACCCGGAGAUGAGACAGUAGAGAUUGGGAGAAGUAGCCUGUGUUGAGGAAGGAGAGAGCAGGGAAGACAAAGAAAGAGAGGGAGGGGGUGAGGAGAGAGAGAGAGAGAGAGAGAGAGAGAGAGAGAGAGAGAGAGAGAGAGAAAGAAAGAGGUACGGAUGGAAAGAAAGAGAGAGAGGUAAACAGAUUGAGAGGAUGAGGUGGAAGGAUGUGACGUGGAAGAAGAAAGAGAGAAGGCAUGCAGGAGUCAGAAAGGCUGAGAGAGAUGGAAUGAAGAGAAGGAUAAGAGUGACAACAGCCAGUGGAAGUAUAAAGAUUAUGUGAAAAGAGGGAGAAGAGUAUAUGUUAAAGUUAAUAACUAUAUACAGUGGUGACAUGGACACAUAAGAAAGUCUACUACAACAUACAACCAAUGUGUGACAUAACAGUGUUGAUUUUGAAGCAAUUUUGGUCAUUCAUGACAUACUAGCGCUGUAGCUCCACUUGCUGCUAACAAACAUAGGACACUGGGUGUCAGGUAGCCUACCGGUUAGAGUAUUAGGCCAGUAACUGAAAGGUUGUGAGUUCGAAUCCCCGAGCUGACAAGGUGGAAGAAAAUCUGUUGAUCUGCGCUCGAGCAAGGCGCUUAACCCUAAGUGCUCCAGGGUCUCUGUCAAUAAUGGCUGAUACCUGGUUGUGUCUCAAGGGGGGUGGGAUAUACAAAAAACACAUUUCCACCUCACACGUAUACAUGCAGUGAAACAGGACAAAUAUAAGCAACUUCUAUUUGACCUUUGACGAACAUAGAAUUAAUGAGUUACAUAGACUGUUCAUCACUUGAGUCAAUCCCUUUAAAAUCUCUAAUUUGAGAGCUUGACAUUCUAUAAAAAAAUUAUCUUUGUAAUUCAACAGGGUUUGAUGCAGCAAAAAGUGAGUUAAGGAAUUACUGAAGAAUUUCUGCUGUUUACACCUGGUAUCAAGAUGUGUUCUCUGCCUGGUUUUGCUGCCUAGAGUCAAAGGACUCUACCAUGACCUUCCUUUUGCCUACUCUAGACAUACUACGGCCAGUCUUUCAGAAAAUUUCAUUUAGUUUCCUCCCGCUUGGCACACACUGGUUGAAUCGACGUUGUCUUCACGUCAUUUCGUUGAACCAACGUGGAAUAGACAUCCAACUGACGUCUGUGCCCAGUGGGCUGUUCUCACUUUAUGUUAACUGAAUGGCAAUAUUCCUCCCAAGUGUAAUGUGAUCAUUAAUAUCAGCAUGAUCUUGAUUGUAACAUUUAGUGUGGUUAUUGUAAGAGAUUUGGUUUGGCAUUGUCUUAAAACUUCAAAUCUGAAGAGGGAAAAGUGAUUUUAUACAACACAGGAUCCUUUGGAUCUGGAUGAAAUGUUCUGAUAAACUGGCCCCUGGAUCCCAAAACGAUCCCACAAAUGAGAUGUAAUGUUGGUGACAGCUACAGGAUCCACUUUGAUAAUGGAGUGUAGAUUUCCAGUUCAAGACAGUGGUUUAUGUGAUACCAAUCUCCGAUCCUUGUGGGCCGGUAUCAUGCAUUAGAUGGAAAUCUUAAUACCACAAAUUGUUUCACAUUUAAGAUGCAUCCCAAUAGCCUUGAAUGACUUCCUAUCUAUUUAGAGACCACAGACAAUGUAACAUAGGUCAUUUUGGGGUUAUGACAAGGUAUGAGAAAGGGUAGGCUAUUUCAUUAAGAGUACUUUCCCUUUAACUUCUUAUGGCUGCAGCCCGACGUCGGUACACUUAUGACAACAGCCAGCUCAAGUG